AUGGAAGAUAAUACAGAUCUCGUCCAAGAGCCUACGAGACAUACACGUGCUUACAAAAUUCCGACUACCAAUGUCUCUGAGUUGAAAAGGUUGAGUUCUCAUCUGACGGGGAAUGUUUUUCAAAACUUCAACAUCAGUUACGACAAUUUGUUAUCAAUCCUUAAGACUUCUUUUGAUCUGAUGGCCUUGAUCACACUCCUACAGUUCUAUGACCAGAAGUUAUGUUAUUUUACUUUCCAAGACUAUCAACUGGUCCCUACACUUAAAGAGUAUUCAUAUCUCAUCAAUAUCAAAAUAGCUGAUGAGUUUCCUUUCGCCCGGGUGCUUGAGGUUGUAAAGUUUGAAGUAAUUGCCGAAGCUCUUCACUUGAGUCUGAAAGAUGUGAAAAACAAUUGGAAAACGAGUGGAGAUGAUUCUGGUUUUUAUUUGAGUUUCCUGGUUAACAAGGUUGGAGACUUACCAAGGAAAGGAAAUUGGGGUGAUUUCAACCUGCUGUUUGCUCUCAUGUGGCUUAUGACGCUUUUACUAACAAGUGGACCAUUCAUGAACAUGAAAGGUUAUCUUCAAUGGGCGUCGAGGAUUGUCAACCUCACUUCUUUUGAUAUCCGAUGGAAUCAUAUCAUGGGAGAAGUUCGGAGUAUCAUUACAAGUUGCGAAGAAUAUUCCAAUGUUCCUCUCAUGGGAACCAAGGGGUGUAUCAACUAUAAUCCUGUGCUCUUCUACAGUCAGUUGCGAGAUUAUGGUGAUUGA